AGUGAGGGCCCAGUGAGCCGUCCUGCCCUCGGGAGGUUCCGUUGGGGAAGACCCUCCCCAUAACUCAUCAGAUGGAGGGUUACACCCUAAGCCAAGGGGGAUGGGGGAGCACCCCACUGAGGGCUCGGGGAAAGGAGCCCCUAGGAGGGACGGCAGUGAGGGCUUGGGAAGGCGCUCCCAGCAGAGGAGCCAAGUGGGGGGCGGCAAAAGCACCGGGGGCUUCGUGCCGGGCCUUAUGGUCCGGGGACCUGGAGCCUCUAUAAAGUGAGGGAGGAUGGGGACCCAGGCAAUCUAGCCAAGCUUGUGGCUGCUGCAGGGGCCUCGGCCCUCCCGCCUCCUGGGGCUGGACACGGGGCCACCCGAGAAUGUGGGCAUGGGGGGAGGCAGGAGGAGGGGGCAGGAGCCGUGGGUCCCGCCACUGGCAGCGCCCGCCCCUGUGCCCCUUGCAGAUGCUUGGCUGUUCCCAGGGUGGUUCCCUUCCCUCCUCUCCCCAGCCCACACACGUGCAGCCUCAGGCUCCUCCCUUAGCCCGGACGCUCAUCCCCGGCCGCCCCACACAGGGCACUGCCCUGGUCCCCGGAGCCCGUUUCUGGGCCCCCACUCUCGGCCCUGCCCAUGGGGCCCGGGGCCCGCUUCUGGCUGCUGCUGGCCUGCUACCUGGCCUUUGUGCUGCUGGGCUCCGCCGUGUUCAUGGCCACCGAGGGGCCCCCCGAGCGCCGGCUCCGGGAGCAGCUGCUGGGCCACCUGGCCGCCUUCCAGGAAGACCACCGGGGCUGCCUGCCCCCCUGGAGGCUGGAGGGGCUGCUGGAGGCGGUGCUUCAAGCCCAGGCCUCCGGGGUCUCCGCCCUGGGCAACGUCACCGGGAACGAGAACUGGGACUUUGCUUCCGCCCUGUUCUUCGCCGUCAGCCUCCUCACCACCACAGGUUACGGCCACGCGGCGCUGCUCUCGGACGGCGGGAAGGCCUUCUGCGUGGGCUUCGCCGGCCUGGGGCUGCCCGCGAGCCUGGUGCUGGCCACGGCCCUGUGCCAGCGCCUGCUGCGCCCGCUGCGCCGCCUGCUGAGCCGUUUGGCCGCGCGCUGCGGCCUGGCCCCCGCCCGCGUGCCCUGGCUCCAGGCGGCCCUGCUGGGGCUGACGGUGGCGACGGUCUUCGUGCUGCUCCCCACGCUGGUGUUCUGGAGCCAGGAGCCCGGCGCGAGCCCGCUGGACGCCUUCUACUUCUGCUUCAUGUCGCUCAGCACCAUCGGGCUGGGGGACUUCGUGCCCGGCCGCGAGCGCCACCCGGCCCUGUACUGGCUCAGCCAGCUCGCCCUCAUCGGUUACCUGCUUCUGGGGCUGCUGGUUCUGCUGUCGACGCUGGAGACGGUCUCGGAGCUCAGGGAGGUCCGGGCCUUGGUGGGCUACUUCAGCCCCAGCCCCCAGAGCUCGGAGGAGGACCAAAGGGACAUUGUCUCUCAGGAUGCUCUGGCCCUUCGCCACUGCCCACCUCCCGGCGCCUCCCCCGCGCCCCCGGCCCCUGCCCCGGCCCAGGGCACCAGCGCUGCCUGAGAGCCCGGCGCGGCCCUCCCCGAGGUGUGGGGGGGGUGAGGGGUGAGGGGGCCGGGAUGGCCAAGUCAGAAGCUGGCUGGCCCUGCAGGGCUUGGGGAGCUUCAGGGGCCGCGAAUGUGUGUAAGUCUAGGGGUGUGAAUAAAAGCAAGGUCUGAUUCCUA